GCCCCUCGCACCCCUGCGGCGCUACCAACCUUGGUGGGUGGGUAUGGGCCUGUGGGUGGCGGUACUCCAACAACCCACUGUAAAGUGACACCUGUUACUUUGCUCAGCUGCCUCAUAAACCUCCCAACUUCCUCUUUCUUCAUCAUCACCUUUUCUUCUGCUUUUUCUAUCUCUCCUCCUUUCCCCCAAUUUUGUCACUUUUAGCCUGACAAUCUUACCCCCACAUACAUUCACAAUGCAGCAGAAGCGUCUUGCCCUCGCCAUGCUGGCCGGUCUUCUCGGCCUGGCUGGCGCCGCCGAUACCGAGUCCGACGUCGUUCAGUUGACCAAGGACACCUUCGACGACUUCGUUAAGACCAACGACCUCGUCCUCGCUGAGUUCUUUGCUCCCUGGUGCGGCCACUGCAAGGCCCUUGCCCCCGAGUACGAGGAGGCUGCCACCACCCUCAAGGAGAAGAACAUCAAGCUCGCCAAGAUUGAUUGCACUGAGGAGGCUGACCUCUGCAAGGACCACGGCGUUGAGGGUUACCCUACCCUCAAGGUCUUCAAGGGCCUUGACAACGUCUCCCCCUACGGCGGCCAGCGCAAGGCUGGUGCCAUCAGCUCCUACAUGGUGAAGCAGUCCCUCCCCGCUGUUUCCACCCUCGACAAGGACACUCUUGAGGACUUCAAGACUGCCGACAACGUUGUCGUUGUCGCCUACACCUCUGCCGACGACAAGGCCUCUACCGAGACCUUCGGCAAGGUUGCUGAGGAGCUCCGCAACAACUACCUCUUCGGUGCCGUCACUGACGCCGCUGUUGCUGAGGCUGAGGGUGUCAAGGCCCCCGCCAUCGUCGUCUACAAGUCCUUCGACGAGGGCAAGAACAUCUACCCCGGUAAGAAGUUCGACGCCGACGAGAUCAAGGAGUUCGCCAAGACCGCCGCUACCCCUCUCAUUGGCGAGAUUGGCCCCGAGACCUACGCUGACUAUAUGUCCGCUGGCCUCCCCCUCGCCUACAUCUUCUCUGAGACCGCUGAGGAGCGUGCUGAGCUCAGCACCGCCUUCAAGGCCAUCGCUGAGGAGUUCAAGGGCAAGGUUAACUUUGGUACCAUUGAUGCCAAGACCUUCGGCGCCCACGCCGGUAACCUGAACCUCAAGACCGACAAGUUCCCCUCUUUCGCCAUCCAGGAGGUUGCCAAGAACCAGAAGUUCCCCUUCGACCAGGAGAAGGAGCUCACCAAGGAGAACAUCGCCAAGUUCGUCAAGGACUUCGUCGGUGGCAAGCUCGAGCCCUCCAUCAAGUCCGAGCCCAUCCCCGAGUCUCAGGAUGGCCCCGUCACCAUUGUCGUUGCCAAGAACUACGACGAGAUUGUCCUUGACGAGAAGAAGGAUGUCCUUGUUGAGUUCUACGCUCCCUGGUGCGGUCACUGCAAGGCUCUUGCCCCCAAGUACGACGACCUCGGCACCCAGUUCGCCGAGUCCGAGUUCAAGGACAAGGUUGUCAUUGCCAAGGUUGACGCUACCCUCAACGAUGUCCCUGAUGAGAUCCAGGGCUUCCCCACCAUCAAGCUCUUCACCGCUGGUGACAAGAAGAACCCUAUCACCUACGAGGGUGCCCGCACUGUCGAGGACCUCAUGAAGUUCAUCGGUGAGAAGGGUACUCACAAGGCUGUCCUCUCCCCCAAGGAGGAGGCUACCGAGGAGGCCGCUCCCGCCGCCACUGAGGAGGCUGAGGAUGUCAAGGAGGAGCCCAAGAAGGAGGCCGAGGACCACGAUGAGCUGUAAAUGCAGCCAUUGCCUUGUAAAACCAAAACAUUAAGGAAAAUGAAAAAAACCUCAAAGAAAGUAAUGUCUCAUUUUUUCACGAAAGAUUUCCACAGAUGGAAGAGGACGGGGUUGAAAAUUAAGACCCCAGUGGAGAAAGGAGUUUCUAUGCCUGUUGUGGCCGAUGAAGAUGCCCGAUCUACUUUUUUAUUUAGUGGAUAAAUGUAUACCAACAUUGUAUGAUUC